CGCCUCCCGGAAACGUGCACGCGCAAGCAGCAGGGAAUACGUCAUGGCGGCCAGGCGUCUCUUCGGGGCUACCCGGACAUGGGCCAGUUGCGGGGCCCGGGCGCUUCUAGAUCCAGCCGGUCCUGGGAGACUCUUGAUCCGGGAUUAUGCCAAGAAACCGGUCAUGAAGGGGGGCAAAGGAGGCAAAGGUGGCGUGGCCAGCGAGGCCCUGAAGGACCCGGAUGUGUGCACAGACCCCGUCCAGCUCACCACGUACGCCAUGGGCGUCAACAUCUACAAGGAGGGCCAGGACGUGGCCCUAAAGCCAGACACUGAGUACCCAGAGUGUAGGCUGUUCGAGAUGAACCUGGGGCCCCCCAAGAAGCUGGAGGAGCUAGACCCCGAGACCCGAGAAUACUGGCGGCUGUUGCGGAAGCAAAACAUCUGGCGCCACAACCGGCUGAGCAAGAACAAGAAGUUCUAGCGCGGACAGGCUGAAGUGCCCGGUGGGCACAGCAUCCCCUACCCCCAACAGCGAGGACUUUCUGUUUUUCUGGAGAAAACGGACUUGGGGUUUCUGCGUGGCGCCCCCAGCCAGGCUGGACCAAGGCCGCGGAGGCCAAUAGAGACCUGUCGUGGUGACCCCUGAAUGCCCCUGGGUCUGACGUUGGGCCUGGGGGCAAGCGGGCUUCACUCUCUGGGUCCUGACUCCACACUGCAAGGGACAGACGGUCCUGGCUCAGCCUCUUUUGGUGCCACGGACGCAGGCCUGACCCAGGCCGUCAGGAUCCGGAAAGCGUCUUCAUGGGCUCCAAGAGCUGAGGUGACAUUCAGUCCCUCCCAGACAGGGAGGCUAAUGCUGCUCUGUCCUGGGAAGCUCAUCCUCUUAGAGGGACACCGCGGAGUGGAUUACUGCACACCUGCCCUCCCCAGGCCACCCUGGCAGGCAGAGGGCGCAGGCACGUGUCCCCUCUGGUGUUCGCUGAGGGCCGUGCUGCCUCGCUGCCACUCUGCCACAUUUCCCCCUGCUCUUAGUAAAAACCAAAGUGAUAAAGGCCACUGUACCACCUUCCUCGUCCCCUCCCUGCCCUCCCCUCCCCCCCUCCCC